AUGGCACUCUUCCGACCACAGGCUUCCGUUCUGGCGAGCACCUUAAAGUUCUCCGGUGUCACUCGGUGCAUGUACAGUCUAAAAACACCGAACCUAUCUUAUGACUUCCAUGAGCCCAGCAAGCCAGGAUCAGGGCCCUCUUCAAGCCCCAUCAUCUUUCUCCAUGGGCUUUUUGGUUCCAAGAAAAAUAACAGAACCAUCAGCAAAGUUCUUGCCCGGGACUUAGGCCGACCAGUCUAUGCGUUGGAUCUUAGAAACCAUGGCGAAUCGCCUCAUGAUAGACAACAUGAUUACCUCCAUAUGGCCAACGAUGUUGCUGGUUUCAUAGACCAGCAUAGCUUGGAGCAACCUACUGUCAUCGGGCACUCAAUGGGUGCUAAAGCCGCCAUGACUCUUGCUUUGAAAUCUCCGGAUCUUGUGCAAAACAUUGUGGCGGUUGAUAACGCGCCAGUUGAUGCCGUGCUGGAGAGCUCUUUUAGCAAAUACAUCCAAGCCCUGAAGAAGAUUGAAGCUGCCGAUAUCACCAGGCAAGCCGAGGCAGAUCAAAUCCUCCAGGAGUAUGAAACUUCCCUUCCCAUCCGCCAGUUUCUCCUUGGAAAUCUCUACCGACCAGAGCCCAGUAAGCCACAGCAGAAGUUCCGCGUGCCGUUGGACAUCAUCAGUCGAUCCUUGAACCACAUGGGCGACUUCCCUUUCAAGGAUCCGACAAAGGUACGGUUUGAGAAGCCCGCUCUGUUCGUCCGAGGGACCAAAAGCAAGUAUGUUCCCGAUGACGUCUUACCCAUCAUUGGGCAGUUCUUUCCCAAAUUCCGACUGGUGGAUCUUGAUGCGGGGCAUUGGUGCAUAUCUGAGAAGCCGGAGGAAUUUCGCCAAGCUGUGGUCGAGUUCUUGAAGGAACAGGAGUAG